AUGCCGUACCCGACAUUCUGCUCUGUGCUGCUGCUGCUGCUGCCGCUGCCACUACUACUGGGGACUGCCACCACAGCUCCCCUGGCCAGCAGUCCCUCCAAAAGGGAGCUGACCCGCUGCCUGGCAGAGGUCCUGAGCCCAGACCGGGCACACAGGGGGCCCUGCACAUCUCUCCUCUACAAAGAGAUAUGCGAGAAGGAUCCCCAUGGCUGCGGGUCCCCGGGGGAGAAAGGGUUGUUGGGUGAGGACCUGAAGGAGGAGGAGGAGGAGGUUGGGAAGAUCAAGUCGGACCAGAAAGUGAAGGAGGAGGAAGAGGAAGCGGCAGAGAGGACGCACCGAUCUGAGGUCCGGGAAGAGAUGCUCCAGGAACAGCACAGCCGGCUCCAUCAGGAGAAGGAAGAGGAGGAAAAGAAGAGACACCCUGAGGAGACCUUUAAGGAGCUGUGGAAGCAGCGACUGGAGGGUGCUGGGGAUCCCCAAAAGCGGGUGGCAGAGAAAGCUAGCCAGGAGGAGUCUGCCCAGUUCCAGGCAGAGAAGGGCAUGAAGAUGCAAGGCAGUGGCCGUAGCUUGUGGCAGCAGGACCAGAGGGGCAAGGGAGAGAGGCCUGAGGGCGCCCCCCGCCUUCACCACCACCACCAGGAGGAGGAAGAGGAGGAGGCCUCGGAACGGGAGGAACUGGCGGAGGAGCAGCUGGAACGCGAGGAGGAGCGGCUGGAACGGGUGCGGGAUGAGCUGAAGAAGGCCACGGCCAUGCUAGGGGAAGAGCUGAGGAGGGAGGGCUGACCCCAGCCCCAUGUGUCCCCCCUCACGCGUUCCCUUCUGGCUCAGAACUUUCGAUCCCUGCCCCCCCAACCCCCACUUCACCUGGCACACACUCACCCUGACCUGCAGGGGAAAGAGGGAGGUAUAUCUUCCAUUCCAUUCAGAGUGGAUGAGUCUGAGCUGUGGGAGGGACUCAGGACACCCCCC